CUACUAUUCCAUCCCUUCGACCUGGAUUUCCGCCAGCUUCCACUCCCUCCUCAACCUUUGACGCCCAUCCCUGACCACAUCUUCAGAGCCCGCGAUUCGUCUUCGGCGCUCGACACACCACAAGCUGUGUUUACCACCUUUUGCAACCCAACCUCCCCAAGCAGACUAGCGGCAAAGCUGCCGAGCCAAACAAAUAAUCCACCUGAAAUCCUUAAAACCGCUUCCUGCGAACGUACGCGACAGCCAACAUGUCGUCCCGGGCGCAGAAGCAGCGCCAGCAGCAACCCCAGAGCCUCCCGCCGACCACGUCCGAGAUCUACCACGCCCUCCUGCGGCCGUGCAUCCUCCAGAUCCUGCGUGCGCAAGGCUACUACGCGUCGACGCCGGGCACCAUCGACGCCCUCACCGAGCUUGCCGGCAGCUACCUAGCCGUCAUCGCGCGCCGCACCGCCGCCCACUCCUUGUCCAACAACGAGUUCGGGUAUCCGGGCCUCCCCGGGCUCGUCGACGUGCGCCUCGCCCUCGAGGACUGCGGCGCCCUCUGGCCCGAGCGCGAGUUCGUCUCCCAAGAACUCUCGGGAGAGGACGACACCCGCGGCGUCGACGACUUCAUCCGCUGGGCCACCGGCAAGAAGAACCAGCGCAUCCGCAAAGUCGCCGGGCUCGACAAGCCCGCGGCCGGCGAGGUCGGCGUCGAAGGUGUUGAGGAGCAGCGCGAGACGGACUACCUUAGCUCUCUCAAGCGAAAACAUAACAAGUCGGAGCUGGAUUCUAAGUACGCCGGCACGAUCUUGGGGCGCGGCAUCGUCGAGGGCGAGUUCCCGGUCGAGGGCGGCGGCGAGACGAGCCUCCGCGCCUGGGCACUCAAGAUGCACGAAACUUCACAGCGCCCGCCGGACCCGGAGCCUACCGCCGCCGCUGCCGCCGCGGGCGCCGACGCCGACGCCGAAUCCCGUCCGGCCAGCUCGGGCCUGAGCUCCCUCGCAGACGAGGACGUGGCCAUGAUCGACAUAGACUUUGGCAACUAGGCUAAGCAUGGACGCGAGCCGGCUGCCUGGCUCGGCAGCACAUGUCGGGUGCCGGCAGCGACGCGGCUGGUUGCUCGCACCUAUGUACCCUCGACACACUACCUAACGAAGAGGGGCCCGCGGCUAGGAUUACUCGUCUUUUGCGCCUC